GGGCCAGGGAGAAGCAGCCGCCGCCGCCGCCGCCACAGCAGUGGUUCCGCACGGGCUGCGCGGGGGUCCCGGGCCAUUUGCGCGCAGCCAUGGCCGGGGCGCGCCCGGGGGUCCACGCGCUCCAACUGGAACCCCCGCGGGUCCCGGAGACGCUGCUCAAGGGCAGCAAGUUCAUCAAGUGGGACGAGGAACCAACCAAUCGGGCUCUCGUGACCCUGCGGGUGGACCCACAAGGGUUUUUUCUCUACUGGACUGGCCCCAGCAUGGAAGUUGACAUUCUGGACAUCAGCUCUAUCCGGGACACUCGGACUGGGCGAUAUGCUAAACUCCCCAAGGACCCCAAGAUCCGAGAGAUUCUUGGCUUCGGGGGCUCAGAGCAACACCCUGAGGAUAAGUUGGUGACGGUUGUGUAUGGCCCUGACCUGGUCAACAUCAGCUUCCUCAACUUCAUGGCGGUUGUCCAGGAUGACACGGCUAAGAUAUGGACAGAGGGACUGUUCAAUCUGGCCACCAACAUCUUAGCUCAGAACGCUUCCCGGAACACCUCCUUGCAGAAAGCUUAUACCCGGCUUAAGCUCCAGGUCAAUCAGGACGGGAGGAUUCCUGUUAAGAACAUUCUCAAAAUGUUCUCCGCUGACAAGAAGCGGGUCGAGACAGCCUUGGAGUCCUGCGGCCUUAAUUUUAACAGGAGCGAGUCCAUCAAACCUGACGAGUUCACCCUGGAGAUCUUUGAACGCUUCUUGAACAAACUUUGCCUUCGCCCAGACAUAGACAAAAUCUUGCUUGAGAUUGGAGCCAAGGGAAAGCCUUACCUAAGUUUGGACCAGCUGCUGGACUUCAUUAACCAGAAGCAGCGGGACCCCCGUCUCAAUGAAGUUCUGUACCCCCCACUGACUCGGGCCCAGGUGCGGCAGCUGAUUGACAAGUACGAGCCCAAUCAGCAGUUCCAGCAACGUGACCAGAUGUCGAUGGAAGGGUUUGGUCGUUACCUGGGGGGAGAGGAGAACUCCAUUGUGCCUCCUGACAAGCUGGAUUUAAGUGACGACAUGACCCAGCCCCUAAGCAGCUACUUCAUUAAUUCCUCACAUAAUACCUACCUCACAGCUGGGCAGCUGACAGGCAAUUCCUCGGUAGAGAUGUAUCGCCAGGUGCUGCUGAGCGGCUGCCGUUGCAUUGAGCUCGACUGCUGGAAGGGACGCCCCCAAGAUGAGGAGCCCUUCAUCACACACGGAUUCACCAUGACAACAGAGAUACCCUUCAAGGAAGUCAUAGAGGCCAUUGCUGAAAGUGCCUUCAAGACGUCCCCUUUUCCUGUCAUUCUUUCCUUUGAGAAUCACGUGGACUCGGCAAAGCAGCAGGCGAAGAUGGCAGAGUAUUGCCGAAACACCUUUGGGGAUGCCUUGCUGAUAGAUCCCUUGGAAAAAUACCCGUUGCAGCCUGGUGUAGCCUUGCCAAGUCCUCAAGAAUUGAUGGGCCGGAUCUUGGUAAAGAACAAGAAGCGUCGCCCGCACAGCAAGGUUUCUGAGGGCAGUGUACGGAAGCGGGUGCUGGAACAGACCCUCAGCUCCUACAGUGACACCUCAAAUGUGGUUGAGACAGGGUCUCCCCCACUGGGUUCUCCUCUUGCAGAACAGCAAGAACCCCUUUCACCAAUUAUGACCAAUGGCGAGGAGAAAUCAUCGGAACGAAUACCUAAGCUGGUUGAACCCCGCAAAUCUAUUGACCGUGAAGCUGAGAGCGAAGAAGAGGAGGAGCAGCAAGAACUGAAGAAACCUACAACAGACGAGAGCUGUCUAAAUAGCCACACAAACUGCAUAAGGGAUGACUUGGGCACUGCUAGCAGCGAGGCCAUCGCCACAGAAGAGAUGUCCACGUUGGUGAACUACAUUGAACCUGUCAAGUUCAAAUCCUUUGAGGUGGCCAGCAAACGCAACAAAUCCUACGAGAUGUCUUCAUUUGUGGAGACAAAAGGCCUGGAGCAGCUCACCAACAGCCCCAUGGAGUUUGUUGAAUACAACAAGAAGCAACUCAGCCGGAUAUACCCUAAAGGGACCCGGGUGGAUUCUUCCAACUACAUGCCUCAGGUCUUCUGGAACGCCGGCUGCCAGUUGGUGGCACUCAACUUCCAGUCUCUUGACUUGCCAAUGCAGCUGAAUCUGGGCAUCUUUGAAUACAACCGACGAAGCGGGUACUUGCUGAAGCCAGAGUUCAUGCGGCGCCAGGACAAGCCCUUUGACCCCUUCACCGAAGACAUUGUCGAUGGCAUCGUAGCCAACACCGUCAAAGUGAAGAUAGUCUCAGGGCAAUUCUUGUCUGACAAACGAGUGGGGAUCUAUAUUGAAGUGGACAUGUUCGGACUGCCAGUGGACACCAAGCGCAAAUUCCGCACUCGGACGUCGCAGGGGAAUUCCUUCAACCCAGUGUGGGAUGAAGAACCUUUUGUUUUCCACAAGGUGGUGCUUCCUACACUGGCCUCACUCCGCAUAGCUGUCUUUGAAGAAGGAGGCAAGUUUGUGGGGCACAGGAUACUGCCAGUCUCUGCCAUCCGCUCAGGGUAUCACUACAUUUGCCUGCGCAGCGAAAGCAAUCAACCGCUUUGUCUCCCAGCUUUGCUGGUCUAUACGGAGGCCUACGACUAUAUUCCGGAUGAUCACCAAAAUUAUGCGGAGGCUCUGAUCAACCCCAUCAAACACGUCAGCUUAAUGGACCAACGGGCGAAACAGUUGGCAGCCCUGAUGGGAGAGAACGAGGAGUGCGCAGAGAAGCCACGGGAGCCCCUGGGGAGAAGCCGCUCUGAUGCAAGCUCCUCCCCCCCUGAAGAAGCGUGCAAGUCCCCACCGGCUUCGAUGACCCCUUCCCGGACCCCCAGUGUGGUCCCCAGCCAAGUGCAGAGGGACGAUCUGAUCGCCAGCGUCCUAGCAGAGGUCUCCCCACAAUCGGUGGAAGAGCUGAGGCAGCACAAAGCUUUCGUGAAACUGCUGAAGAAGCAGUACCGGGAGCUGAAGGAGCUGCGGCGGAAGCACAUGAAAAAGAUCUGCAGCCUGAAUAAGAAGCAGAAUGCACAGCUGUCCCAGGUGGAAAGGAGCCGGCAGCGGAGCCGGGAGGGGUCCCCCCGUGGCUCCCUGAGCUCUGUGGAGGCCCUACGGCAAGGCCAGGGGCAGGAAAUGACCCGCCGGAUGCUGGAGCUGCAGGAGUGGCAGAUGCAGGGGCUGCUCCAGCUGCGGGAGGCCCAGCACCAGCUGGAGAGAGACUGCAAGCGGGAACAUCUGCACCAGGCCCAACAGCGCCUGAGAGAGAUUGCCCACGACUGUCAAGCUGCCCAGCUGAAGAAACUGAAGGAGAUCAGUGAGAAAGAGAAGAAAGAGCUUCAGAAAAUCCUGGACCGAAAACGGCACAACAGCAUCACAGAGGCCAAAUCCCGCGAGAAGAGUAAAAAAGACGUAGAGCUGACGGAGAUAAACAGACGACAUAUUACUGAGUCAGUGAACUCCAUUCGCAGGCUGGAGGAAGCCCAGAAGCGGCGACAGGAGAAGCUACUGGGGGGCCACCAGGGGAUCCUGCAGCUCAUUGAGGAAGAAGAGCCACGGUUGGCAGCCCAAAUCGAACACGAGUGUGAACUGGAGAGCCUCUCCCUCCCGCAAGAGAUCCGCCGCUACCUGCAGGAGGAGCUGGACGGCAGCAUCAGCAAUGGACACCUGCCCGGAUCGAACGCUUGCCCUAGCCCUGCCGAGGAAGAGUUGACAGUGCUGUGAAAACGGGAGGGAGGGGAAGGGUUGGGGCUGAGAGGCAGGGUGCGGUAGCAUCACAGGCCACCUACCUUUCCCCCCGUCAGCCUGGAGCUCGUUGAAAAUGUGAUGGGGGCCGAGCCAGUAGGGGGGAAAACACACUAAAAGGCACUUCUCUUCUUCUUCUGUUUUUGUUUUUUAAGAGCAAAUGUUUUAUUUUUUUAAACUAAUUUUUUUUAAAGUGACUAAUUUGUAAUUAUGUUCUCUCACUUCUCAGUUUGUGUCGAGGCUAGUGAAGGGAGGGAGUCGUGCUUGGGGCGGGGAAUAGACUGUUAGGACCCCACCACCCCAUCCCACCCCAAUGCACACACACCCACUUAGCCCCAGGGACGGGAAACAAUUCCUGCUGUCUGUAGCUUCGGUGACCUUUUAAUGCACUAUUGAGGGUGGGUGGGAAGUCUGUGAUCUCACCCCCUCUCCUCUUCCUCUCACCAAGAGGAGGGAAACAAAAAGGGCUAUUUUAAAUAUCCACCUUUAAAGAAAAUAGUUUUUACAUAACGUGUCAUAGGGCUUUUCCUUAAUCUUGUUUUCUUUGCUUUUGUGUUCUGUUGCGUUGGGGAUUUUCUCCUGUUCUGCUUGUGUUUUGCUCCCUCUAGUGGGCGAUUCAGUAUUACACCGUGGGGUUUUAUGCCGGACAUAAAGCAAUCUAAUAUUGAAUAGAUAACUAAAGGAAGCAAAACACAUGCAGAACAAGAAAAAAAACCACAACCCUGAAGCAACAGGAACACACAAGCAAAGACAGGAUGUGGGAAAUCCCACAGAGAGAAACCUGUGGAGCACCGUCACUAGGACUUUUUUUGUAGCAUGAACCCUUCUGCAUGUUAGGCAACACCCCCUGAUGUAGCCAGUCCUCCUGGAGCUUACAGUAGCCCUGUUCGAAGAGCACUUGAAGCUCUUGGAGGAUUGGCUACAUCAGGGGGGCGUGGCCUAAUAUGCCAAGAAGUUCCUGCUACAAAAGAAAGCCCUGACCGUCACUCUCUCUGAUUGCUGUGGUGUCUCAUAGCUUGGGGAGACGGGACAGGGUACGGCUGAGGGCAAACCGGGCAGGGGUUGUAAAGGAAAGAGCAUUGUUAUCAUCUUGUGGGAGGCAGGUCCCUCACCGCUCUGAAGGUUGGGCAAAGGGUCAGGGAGCUGUUCUGCCUGUGUUGGGUUGCAGCAGGAAGACUGCCUGGCCUCUCUGGUUUUUUGUUGCUUUUUUCCUGUCUAACUUUUUUUAAAAAAAUACAUGUAAUAAACUUGUAAUUCAGUUGC